ACCAUCUGAUAAUUCCCCGCAACAGUAAGAGUUGCUCUUAUAUCUCCACGGCGCUUUUACCUUUUUGCCAAACCGAAAAUUCAAAAAGUUUGACGUCAACCCCCAUGUGUACACUCUUCAACUUCACAUGUUUCGUUUCAAGUAGGCAACUCCAUUCUUCCACUUCAUAGCAGUAUGGGCAACUUCGGAACCCCUUCAUUUAUGGAGCUUCUAUUGUUCAACUUUCCCGUAUCAGCCCCUUUCCACAUUUGGCAAUAGUCACUUUCAUAUGCCAAUUCCACAUACUCCCCUUUUCUUUCUUGCCUGAUUUCUCUGCCGUUUUGUCAACGCGUCUUCGUUUCUUUCUUUCUUUUUCCUCCGAAAACUGGUUCUGGUGUCAGUUUUGGGUCAUUUGAUGGAGCCCCAAAUGGAUGAGAAAAGAGAUAUUGAACUGACCGAGAUGAGGAAAUCUGUUGAGAAGCAUGGCUCUACUGCAGAGGGGUAUAGUGACACCACGCUGAUGAGGUUCUUGAUUGCUCGCUCAAUGGAUGAGGAUAAAGCUGCAAAGAUGUUUGUGCAAUGGCGGAAAUGGAGGACAGCCAUGGUUCCUAAUGGAUCCAUUCCAGAAUCCGAAGUUCCAGAUGAGUUGGAAGCUAGAAAGAUCUAUUUGCAGGGCUUGUCUCAGGGUAAAUACCCUGUCAUGAUUGUCCUCACAAGAAACCAUUUCCCUGCCAAGGAUCAGAUCCAGUUCAAAAAAUUUGUUGUAUAUCUUCUGGACAAGACAAUUGCAAGUGGUUUCAAAGGAAGGGAGAUGGGUAACGAAAAGUUGAUUGGAAUUCUUGAUCUGCAGAAUAUUUCAUAUAAAAACGUAGAUGCACGUGCAUUAAUCACUGGAUUUCAGUUUUUACAGGCUUAUUACCCUGAACGAUUGUACAAGUGCUACCUCUUACACAUGCCGUGGUUUUUUGUUAGCGUUUGGAGACUAGUUUCUCGCUUUCUCGAGAAGGCAACACUAGAAAAGAUUGUAAUCGUUAGCAAUGACGAUGAGGAAAGGGCAUUUAUAAGAGAGGUCGGUGAAGACGUUCUUCCUGAAGAAUAUGGUGGGAAAGCAAAACUUGUAGCUAUCCAAGAUUUUCAAUUGACGCCGCCAUCGGAAGAUGGGCCAGCAAGUUCAUUAUAAGAGAUUCUAUGUAUCAUAUUCAUAAUCAUAUCUCAUAAGAGAAUUGUAGGUUUAUGUGAGAAUGUACUUUUUAACCAUUGGAUUGAAUUGGAUGGUUUAUUGUGUGGUUGGUUUGCGUUUUCAUUGUUUGGUUUCAUUUUCAGUGUUUUCUGUUUUUUGAAUUUUGAGAACGAAAAAGUAAAAUCUGUGAAAACAAUAAAAUUCUGUUUUUGCAACCUGUUUUUACUUUUUCUUUAACAAAAUCCAAAAAUAGAAAAUACUGAAAAUAAAAACAGAAAAUGAAAAUGAAACUAAACGCCCUUAAAUUCUCAAAAGUAUCUCUAUGGAAUAAUUGCAACUCA